AUGGUUGUAGUGCCAAAGCAUCGUGAGGAAGACGUCGCGGAGCCCGUCCUGGCCAACUUGCUGGCUGACGAUCAUACUCCUUGGUACAAGAAGCCUAAUCUGAGGUACUUGUAUCUUAUUUUGUUUCCUGCAUGCAUGGGGAUUGAGAUUACCUCGGGCUUCGACUCGCAGAUCAUCAAUACUGUGCAGAUCGUCUACACGUGGAACAAAUAUUUCGGUGAUCCGACCGGAGCUGUUGUCAACGGUCAACCCAAGUAUGAGAUAGAAGCAAAUCUCAAAGGGUUCCUGGGGGCCGCAUAUUCUCUCGGAGCCAUCCUCUCCCUCCCCUUUGUCCCCUGGGUAAACCAGCGAUUUGGACGACGAUGGACGAUUAUGUUUGGUUCCUGCGUCAGCCUCGUGGGUGCUCUUCUGCAAGGCUUUGCCAACGGAGUCGGCAUGUACGUCGUCGCGCGUAUCGUCCUUGGAUUUGGCAUUCCCUUUUGCAUCGUUGCCGGAUCUUCCCUUCUUGGUGAAUUGGGAUACCCGAAGGAACGACCAAUUCUGACCUCGCUGUUCAAUUCUUCGUACUUUAUCGGCCAGAUUAUCGCUGCUGCCGUCGGCUUGGGAACGGUGACCAUCAAAACCGACUGGGCCUGGAGAAUUCCGUCGCUCCUUCAGAUUACACCGGCGAUGGUGCAGAUUGUUUUCAUCUUUCUCCUUCCUGAAAGCCCCCGGUAUCUGAUCAGUAAAGAUCGCCACGAGGAGGCCUUUAACGUCCUGACCAAAUACCACGCCGAGGGAGAUCGCAGCUCGAUUAUCGUGCGAGCCGAAAUCGCCCAGAUCGAACGCACCAUCAAGCUCGAACUCGAAGAGGCCAAGCAGACGUGGUGGGAUAUGUUCCGCACCGCCGGUAUGCGUCGUCGGCUGCUCAUUUCGGCCUUUUUGGGAUUGUUCACCCAGUGGUCGGGCAAUACUUUAAUCUCAUAUUAUUUGAGUGACCUCCUGGAAAUGGUCAACAUCACCGACGGAGUGGUUAAGUCCAAGAUCAACAUCGGCAUUGCGUGCUGGGGUCUCAUCUGCGGUACGACGCUGGCGCUGACCGCUCCUCGAUUCAAGCGACGGACAAUGUACCUAACCUGUGCCUGUUCGUUGCUCUGCGUUUAUGUCGCUUGGACCAUCUCCAUGGAACGCUUCAUGAGUACCCACGCCAAGGCUGCGGCCAUCCUGACCAUUCUCUUCAUUUUCUGCUAUUCGCCGGCUUAUAACCUCGGCUACAACGCGUUGACAUACACCUACCUGAUUGAAAUCUUCCCCUACUUUGGUCGCUCCAGAGGUAUCUCGUGGUUCCAGUUCUACGGACGGGGCGCGAGCUUCUUCGCAACUUAUGUGAACCCGGUCGGCCUGAAAAAUAUCAGCUGGAAGUGGCUGCUAGUGUACUGCUGCUGGUUGGCUUUUGAGAUAGUGUUUAUCUAUCUGUUCUUCCCCGAGACGUCGGGCAGAACUCUCGAGGAGUUGUCUUUCAGUAAGUGUCAGCUCUCAGGUAUUGAGACACAACUAACAGAUACAGUGUUCGAGGGCAAGGAAAAGGCAAAUGAAGUGGCUGCCGCUGUUCACAAGCAGCUUGAUCAGUGUCAUAAUGAGAAGGCGGAGGACGUUCAUGUCGAGGAGACUUUGCGGGCAUGA